UGAGCUGAAUGUUACCAAACAAGGGUCUGCAGUGUCUUCACAUCUGGGGAGGCAGCUGGUUUUCUUAUGCACACACCCUCUCCAAAACAGAAGAUGGCAGCCUUCUUGUGGACGGCGCCGUGCUGGCUGAUGCCGCGGCGCGGUAUGGCCAGCGGGCCGCGCAGCCUCUACGACGCGCUGGGCGUCACGCCGCGGGCUUCCUCCAAGCAGAUCAAGGCCGCCUACUUCAGGCUCUCCAAAAAGCACCAUCCGGAUCGGAGCAGCGGCGACUCGCUCAAGUUCCAGGAGAUCAGCGCCGCGUACGAGGUGCUGGGCAGCCGACAGAAGCGGCGCAUCUACGACAGUGGCCUGGCCGGCGGCGCCGCUGGCGACGAGCCGGCCAGGCGGCAGCCGCGCGCCGCGCACGCCGGCCGCGGCGCCCCCUUCACCGGGCGCACCGACCACUUCCACUACGACGCCUGGUCCCAGGCUCACUAUGCCGACUUGCGCUGGCGGGAGAGGAACGCGCGCGACGCGUAUGCCAAGGCUGCCGAGAAGCGCCGGGACCGACGCAACGAGCGCACACGAGGCUUCGUCGGCUGCUUCCUGCUGUUGGCCUUCACUGGCUACCUGCUGCUGACGGAGCAGAGCCCGAGGGGCAACCGAACCGGCGCCGAGCGGCCGGCCCGGCCGCCCAGCUAGCGCUGCCCGGCCGGCUAGGGGCACAGCUGUUAGCCUGUCGCCCGGGCGGAGCGGAGCGCGACGGCGCCGGAGCACCCCCACGCUCACGCCACACGCCCGAUCGAGUGAGUGAGGUAGCGCUUCAGUAAUGCAGAUGGGUAAUGCCUAAACCGUGAAGCAGCCAGAAAGUAAAAAAUUCAAAAUAGAAUAUGGUAUCGGUAAAUUGAGUGCGUCCGUAUUUUCUGCUAUAGCCGGCUGCUGAGUUA